AUGUCACAAGUCUUCCAGCCCGGCCCGCCUUCGCUGGCCAACGACGACUCCAUGCUGUCGCGCAGAUUCGGCAAGGAGACGAUCAACUACUAUGGCGGCGGGCUGCUGAACCGCUUCUCGUUCCUGCGCAACGACAUCACGUUCAUCCGCGCGGCGGCGACGGCACCGGCGGCGCGGUUCGUGGCGCUGCGCGACCUCAACCCGGUGAUUGAGAACGCGCGGCGGCUGGCGUUUUUCGGACUCGGCGAUGUGAAGCCGCUGAUUGGGACGGAUCCGUUUGGGCGGUCGGAUGAGGAGAAGAAGGCGGCGUUUGACUCGACCAGGCCGAGCCCGACGCUGCUCUUCUUGGGGCUGUUGCCGGAUACGCCGCUGGGGGUGGAUUUCGAGACGAGCAAGCAUGGGGUUGUGAAUGGGCAGCCGUACUUUGCGUUGGAUGUGACGCCGGCGGGGGGCAAUGCGGAGGCUGCUGAGGCGUUUGUGAAGGAUGCCGAGGCCAAGGGGUAUUCGAUACAGACGAAUGUGCGGACCAUGACGCUGGAUCCUGAAGAAGCCGCCAUCCUCGCCCAGGCCCGCUCUCUCAUCGACUGGAACGUCCGCAACCGCUUCUGCGCCGGCUGCGGCACCCUCAACCUCUCCGUCGAGUCCGGCUACAAGCGCGUCUGCCCUCCCACAGACCUCGCCGGCGGCUCCGAGCCCACGACCCGCGCCGACUGUCCCACGCGCCACGGCAUCUCCAACGUGUGCUUCCCGCGCACCGACCCGACCAUGAUCGUCGCCGUCAUCUCCUCGGACGGCAAGCGCAUGCUGCUCGGCCGCCAGAGCCGCUGGCCGCCCAAGUGGCACAGCACCCUGGCCGGCUUCAUCGAGCCCGGCGAGUCCAUUGAGGAUUCCGUGCGCCGCGAGGUCUGGGAGGAGGCGGGCGUCCGCGUCGGCCGCGUCACCAUCCAGUCCAGCCAGCCCUGGCCGUAUCCGUCGAGUCUGAUGAUUGGCGCCAUUGCGCAGGCGCUGCCGGACGGCGAGGAGAUUAGCUUGCUGGACAAGGAGCUCGAGAGCGCCAGAUGGUUCACCUUUGAGGAGGUGCGCGAGGCGCUCAAGAAGGGGACCAGUGCGCUGGGAGAUCCUGCGCCUGAGGGAUACGCUGGCCCGUUGGCCGUGCCGCCGUCGCAGGCUAUUGCGCACCAGCUGAUGCAGGCUGUGGUGGAUGGAUACAUGGAUGUGGCGCCGAAGAUAUAA